AUGGUGAUAAUUGGGAGCAAUUCACUCGCGCUGUCUGCUGCGUGCCAACGUCUCGAGUUUGUCACACGCGCACUGUCGCAAGUUGAUCCUCUACCGACCCUAAAAUCGUCGAAGCGAUCACACACUCCUCCCACAGACGAGAUAUAUACCGAUAAGGGUAACAGGAGCGACAGUAUUGAGAUGCAGAAUCUCAUGCCGAUGCUAACAACCACAAACUGCUACUCACCAUUGAAAUCAACAUCAAAGAAGUCGCUACUUGAGCGCACCGAAGAGGAUUUAUCUGACGCGGGAGAUGAACAGCAGAACAGCCAGUUCACGAAACUUGCUAGGAGCAAGAUCCGUUGGGGUGCUGUGGAGAUGCCACCUGAAUGGUACGCUGAGUACGAUAACGAGGACGCUACCGUUGGACACCUUAGCUUCGGCGUUGAGGAAGACGACGUUACGCCCCCGGAACCGGGACGUAUGUAUGCGUAA